AUGGAAGAAGAUAAAGAUGACCUCUCCCCAACUACUGAGGUUUGGGAUGUAGACCAGGGACUAAUAAGUAAACUGAAGGAACAGUACAAGAAGGAACGAAAGGGGAAGAAAGGGGUAAAGAGGGUCAACAGGACAAAACUCUACGACAUGAUAGCUGAUCUGGGAGAUGAUGAGCUGCCCCUCAUCCCUUCAGGAAUCAUAAAUCAGUCUAGGUCAGCCUCUACUAGAACUGAUCAUGAAGGUGCAAGAGCAGAGGAAGCUGAACCAAUAACGUUUCCAUCUGGAGGAGGCAAGUCAUUUAUUAUGGGUUCUGAUGAUGUUUUGUUAAGUGUACUGGGCCUUGGAGACCUUGCAGACUUGACGGUAACAAAUGAUGCAGACUAUAGUUAUGAUUUGCCUGCCAAUAAAGAUGCCUUUCGAAAGACAUGGAAUCCCAAGUAUACACUACGUAGCCAUUUUGAUGGAGUACGGGCAUUAGCUUUUCAUCCUGUAGAACCUGUGCUGGUUACUGCCUCUGAGGACCAUACUCUGAAACUUUGGAACUUGCAAAAAACAGUUCCUGCCAAAAAGAGUGCCUCUUUAGAUGUAGAGCCUAUCUACACAUUUAGGGCCCACAUUGGUCCUGUUCUAUCAUUAGCUAUUAGUUCUAAUGGAGAACAGUGUUUUAGUGGUGGUAUUGAUGCAACUAUCCAGUGGUGGAAUAUGCCUAGUCCUAAUGUGGAUCCAUAUGAUACAUACGAGCCAAAUGUUCUAGCUGGCACUUUAGUUGCUCAUACAGAUGCUGUCUGGGGUCUUGCUUAUAGUGGCAUAAAAAAUCAAUUACUGUCAUGUUCAGCAGAUGGCACUGUUAGAUUAUGGAAUCCACAAGAAAAAUUGCCAUGUAUUUGCACUUACAAUGGAGACAGGGAGCAUGGAAUACCUACAUCGGUUGACUUUAUAGGCUGUGAUCCAGCUCAUAUGGUGACCUCUUUCAACACUGGUAGUACAGUAAUUUAUGAUUUAGAAACAUCACAGUCAUUGGUGAUGCUUUCAUCACAGAUAGAUUCUGGUUUACAAUCCAGUAAUCACAUUAACAGAGUAGUAAGUCAUCCCACACUUCCUGUUACAAUAACUGCUCAUGAAGAUAGACACAUCAAAUUUUUUGACAAUAAAACGG